CUCCCCGCCCAGACAUAGUUUCACUCGGAGACUCCCUGCUCCCCUACGAGGUCUCCCUCUGCCCUCUCUCUCGGUCUCUCUCUGCGUGGUGAGCCGUGGCGGCCGGGCCAGGGGCGCAGGCCGAGGAGGGGAGGCUAUGGUAACACCCUCAGCCCCCCUGGGGCUGCCGCUCGCCUGCCUCUUGCUGGGCUUCCUGCCUGGGACGCAGAGCCGGGACCCGCCCGAAGUGUGCCCGAGCCAGGACAUUCGGCACGACGUGGCGCGGCUGUCGGCGCUGGAGAACUGCAGCGUCAUCGAGGGCCACCUGCAGAUCCUGCUCAUGUCCACGGCCACGGGCGAGGACUUUCGGGCCCGCCGGUUCCCGCGCCUGGUCAUGGUGACGGGCUACCUGCUGCUCUUCCGCGUGUACGGGCUGGAGAGCCUGCGCGACCUCUUCCCCAACCUGGCCGUGGUCCGCGGCGCCCGCCUCUUCUUCAGCUACGCGCUGGUGGUGGUGGAGAUGCCGCACCUGCGGGACCUGGGCCUGCCCGCCCUGGCCGCCAUCGCCCGCGGCGCCGUGCGCGUCGAGCGCAACCAGGAGCUGUGCCACGUGUCCACCGUGGACUGGGGCCUGCUGCAGGGCGGCCGGCCCGAGGGCAACCACAUCGUGGCCAACAAGCCGCUGGAGGAGUGCGCCGAGCUCUGCCCGGGCCUGCGGGGCGGCGGGGAGAGGCCCUGCGCCCGCACCACCGUCAACGGCCGCAGCGGUUUCCGCUGCUGGACCUCGGCGCACUGCCAGCGGGUGUGUCCCUGCGAGGGCGGGACGUCGUGCACGGCCGCCGGGGCCUGCUGUCACCCCGAGUGCCUGGGGGGCUGCGGCCGCACCGACGACCCCCGCGCCUGCGUCGCCUGCCGCCACUUCCACUUCGGCGGCCAGUGCCACCGCACCUGCCCGCCGGGCACCUACCAGUACGAGGGUUGGCGCUGCGUGACGGCCGCCUACUGCGCCAGCCUCCGCGCCGUGUCCGUGGCCGCGGCCGGAGGCUCCUCCGACUUCGUCAUCCACGGGGACGUCUGCCUGGCUCACUGCCCGCCGGGCUUCACGCGCAAUGGCAGCAGCGUCUUUUGCCGCAAGUGCGAAGGGCUGUGUCCUAAGCGCUGCAGCGUGGGGACCAAGACCAUCGACUCCCCGCAGGCCGCGCAGGAGCUGACCGGAUGCACCCACGUGGAUGGAAAUCUCAUCUUCAACCUGCGCCGCGGCAACAACCUGGCCGGGGAGCUGGAGAGGGCGCUGGGGCUGGUGGAGACCAUCACCGGCUUCCUAAAGAUCAAGCACUCCUCCGCUCUGCUGUCCCUCAGCUUCUUCCGCAACCUCAAACUCAUCCGUGGAGAUUCCAUGGUGGACGGGAACUACACGCUCUACGUGCUGGACAACCAGAACCUGCAGCAGCUGUGGGCCUGGGGCCAGCAGCGGGGCCCGGCCAUUCCCGUCGGCAAGGUCUACUUCGCCUUCAACCCCCGCCUCUGCCUUGCCGACAUCUACCGGCUGGAGCAGGAGACCGGCACCCGCGGCCGGCAGAACAAGGCAGAGAUCAACCCCCGGACCAAUGGCGACCGCGCCUCCUGCAGGACGAGGGCCCUGAGCUUCGUGUCCAACGUGACGGAGUCUGACCGCAUCGUGCUGCAGUGGGAGCGCUAUGAGCCGCCCGAGGCCCGCGACCUCAUCAGCUUCAUCGUCUACUACAAGGAGGCCCCCUUCCGGAACGUGACAGACCACGUCGGGCCGGACGCCUGCGGGGGGCAGAGCUGGAGCCUGCUGGACGUGGAGCUGCCCCUCAGCCGCGACCAGCUGCCGGCCGCCUCGCUAAGGGGCCUCAGGCCCUGGACCCAGUACGCGGUGUUCGUGCGGGCCAUCACGCUCAGCUCGGCCGGCGAGGACCGGCCCCCCGGGGCCCAGACCCCGGUCAUCUACCUCCGCACUCUGCCCGCAGCGCCCACGGGGCCCCAGGACGUCAUCUCUGUGUCCAACUCGUCCUCCCACCUCCUGGUGCGAUGGAAACCGCCGACCCGGCGCAACGGCAACAUCACCUACUACCUGGUGCUGUGGCAGCGGCAGGCGGAGGACGCCGACCUCUUCCUCAAUGACCACUGCCACAAGGGGCUGCGUCUUCCCAGCAGCAGCGGCAGCGCAGACCCCCGGUUCGACGGGGACGGGGAGGAGGGCGGCGCCGAGACGGAGGAGGAGGCGGGUGCGGCUUGCUGCCCCUGCCAGCACCGCCAGGGGUCUGCGGCCCAGCCCCCGCCUGCCCACGAGGCUUCCUUCCAGAAGGAGUUCGAGACCUUUCUGCACAACGCCAUCAUCAUCCCCAGGCCCCCGUGGAAAGUAACGUCCGUGAACAAGAACUCGCAGGGAGUGCUGAACCGGCGGCGGCGGCGGCGGCGGCGGCGGCGGCGGCAGGACGCGGGGGUCGGGGCCGCCAACGGCUCCCUGUCGGGGGCCGAGGCCGAUUUCUGGAUCCGAGAGGACAAGGUGGUGCGGGAGCGGGUGGUGCUGAGCGGCCUGCGGCAUUUCACCGAAUAUCGAAUCGACAUCCACGCCUGCAACCACGCCGCCCACACCGUGGGCUGCAGCGCCCCGACCUUCGUCUUCGCCCGCACCAUGCCGCAGCUGGAGGCGGACAGCAUUCCCGGGAACGUGUCCUGGGCCUCGGCCGGGAAGAGCAGCGUGUUCCUGCGCUGGGAGAAGCCCCCCAACCCCAACGGCCUCGUCCUCAAGUACGAGAUCAAAUACAAGCGGGAGGGCGAGGAGGUGGCCACGGUGCUGUGCGUGUCCCCGGCCCGCUACAAGUCGCUGGGGGGCGUGCACUUGGCCGUGCUCCAUCCGGGAAACUACUCGGCCCGCAUCCGUGCCACCUCGCUGGCCGGGAACGGCUCCUGGACCCGCAGUCUGCCCUUCCACGUCGGCGGACCCGCGGAGGAGGACUCCAGCCGCCUCCAUGUGCUGCUCACCGUUACCCCGGUGGGACUGAUUCUGCUCCUCGCUGCCCUGGCCGCCCUGGUUUUCUACAACAGAAAGAGGAUCGGGGACGGCUACCUCAACGGGACCCUCUACGCCUCGGUCAAUCCUGAGUACUUCAGCACGUCCGACGUGUACGUGCCGGACGAAUGGGAGGUGCCGCGGGAGCGGAUCACGGUGCUGCGGGAGCUGGGCCAGGGCUCGUUCGGCAUGGUUUACGAGGGGCUCAUGCGCGGGCUGGAGCCGGGGGACGCGCCCACCCCCGUGGCGCUGAAGGCGGUCAACGAGCUGGCCAGCCUCCGGGAGAGGAUCGACUUUCUCAACGAGGCGUCCGUCAUGAAAGCCUUCCAGUGCCACCACGUGGUGCGUCUCCUGGGGGUGGUGUCCCAAGGGCAGCCGGCCCUGGUCAUCAUGGAGCUCAUGACCCGUGGAGACCUCAAGAGUUACCUGCGCUCCUUGCGGCCCGAGGCCGAGGACAACCCGGGGCUGCCGCGACCGACGCUCGGGGACAUGAUCCAAAUGGCGGGGGAGAUCGCGGACGGCAUGGCCUACCUCUCCGCCAACAAGUUCGUGCACCGCGACCUGGCCGCCCGCAACUGCAUGGUGUCCCAGGACUUCACCGUCAAGAUCGGGGAUUUCGGGAUGACGCGGGACAUCUACGAGACGGACUAUUACCGCCGCGGGGGCAAGGGGCUGCUGCCGGUGCGCUGGAUGGCGCCCGAGUCCCUCAAGGACGGCAUCUUCAGCACGCAGUCUGACGUCUGGUCGUUCGGGGUGGUGCUGUGGGAGAUCGUGACUCUGGCCGAGCAGCCCUAUCAGGGUCUGUCCAACGAGCAGGUGCUGAGAUUCGUCAUGGACAGCGGCGUUCUCGGGGAGCCGGACCACUGCCCCCCACAGCUACAGGAGCUGAUGCACCGCUGCUGGCUGCAGAAUCCGCGCCUGCGACCGACCUUCGUGCAGAUCCUGGACUCGAUCGCGGCCGGCCUGCGGCCCUCCUUCCGACUCUGCUCCUUCUUCCACAGUCCCGAGGCCCGCGCGCGCCCCGCCCCCAGCGAACCCGAGCCGCCCACGGACAGCGCCCCCACAACGGCGACCCUCAACUCCCCCUUCAGCUCGCCCGGCGCCGCCUACCGGUCCCUGCGGGGACGCGGCCCGCCCCCUCCUCAGAUCAGCUGA